AUUGAAAAGUGUUUUUUUCCCCCUCUAUUUUUCGCGCGCCUUCACCCAGUAUAAAAAGACGCGCGCCAAAGGCAUCUUUCUAUUACAACCGUGGAAUUCAUUGAGGAAGGUCGUGUCUGAAUAACUCUUUCCAUCUUGAAACUACCAAUACGCAAGAUGUCUUCCACUUCCAAGAAGCAUCAGUCCUUCUGCUCCGAACCGAUGAAGGGCAAGCCCGUCACUGCUCUUCCCGGGAUAGGACCCGCGCGUGGCAGCCAGCUGCAGUCGCAAGGCUACCACAAGGCCACCGAUGUCUUUGGCAAGUACCUGACCGUGAACGAGAACCGCAACGAGUUCCAGGGCUGGCUGAAGGACCAAAGCGGGGCCAACUUCAAGCAGCAGGGAGACUGCUACCAUGCACUGCGGGAUUGGAGCGACAACAACCUGUAGAGCGUCCGUCAACACGCCGUUGUUCUUUUCUCCCCUUAAAAGGUCAAGAUGUUUUUAGACCUGGCUUUAUCAACCUAAUUAGGCUACUGUAAAAUGUUUUGCUUAUGUUCAAACGCAGUGAAGAUUGACUACUAGUCUAAAAUUGGCUUCUGGUGUUUAAGAUGGGCAUGAGGGUCUGCUAUCUUUGUUAUCCAUUAUUGAUAUAUUUGAGGGGAAGUCUGAAAAAGUUUUUUUUCUUGAGAGCUUCUCUAACGCUGAACUUGUUUUAAUGGGAAAAAUAAAGAAUUAACAGUAUAAGUGUUCAUUGUUCUCUUUGAUUCAGUUUUGGAAAAGCCACAUUAUUUCAUUAAAAAAUGAAAUCCAUGGAAGUAUACGAAACAUUUUGAUAGGCUGUCGGGCAAGUGUUUAAGCUAUUAGUGAGUUGCUAAGCUAAGCUAGGUUUGAAGAUGCCGUACAUUGUGAAACACUGAAUUGCUACUCGCGGUCUUACCUGUCCGUCCAGCGUUUGCAGUGGGGAAAAAAAACUCCGGUGUUAGCACACGGCUCUGUAAA